UCGGUAUCGUUCGGUCAACCUCGCAAGCGACAGCUGACCGAGUUCGAGUGCGAGCGAGACAAAAGAAGUGGUUACGCGCGUGACAGAAAGGGAGAAACGCGCCGCGCACCAACCAGCGCCGCCAUUUAUUUCUUUCAGUGCUCGCCUCCCGACUAGUGACAGCGUUUUUGAUUAUCGCAGGAGCUUACACGUUUUAUUUGUGAAAUUUGUGUAUUCAAGUGUUAUUACUAUUUAAUAAAAGUUUCUUGUGCAUUUCGUGUGAGAGUGAGAAUGCUGAGCGUUAUGAUAUGUUAGAAAAACGUACGCAAAUCACAAUGGCAGGCGUCCGUACUUCGGUUGUCAACAUAAAAUGAGAUUAUGCAAGUUUGAAGUAGGAUGCGGACGAAUAUUAGUCAGUAAGACUAUGAGGGUUGUAAAAUAAUGCGGUGGCUGCACAAAAUAUUGACGCUGGCAAUAAUUUGCGCAGCUGCGGGUGAGGAGUGCCCCUCCACCUGCAACUGCACCAGCGCGCGCCUGCAAUGCUCCAACCUCACUGUCCCCGGUAACCAUCUCAAUAAGACCAUCAUCGCCAAGUAUGGCACAGAGCUCAGAAACAUCACCUGGACGGACUCCACCGUACAGGACUUAGAUCAGGAUCUCUUUCUAGGCCUAUACAAGUUAGAAUACAUCGAUUUAAGCAGAAACGAAAUACAAAGGGCAAAGGACGAGCUGUUCGCAAGACUGAACAACUUGGUAUACCUAAACCUAUCGAGGAACAAGAUCGACGACAUACCUCGCUCCACGUUCAAGUUCCUAGACAACUUAGAGGUUCUGGACGUGUCACACAAUCAGCUUCACGUGAUACCAUUCCAGGUCUUUGGGCCACUGACUAGGUUAAAAUAUUUGGAUAUAUCUCAUAAUAAAAUCGCAACAUUCUUAGAUUACUUUUUUAAGCCUAACCGCCAACUGAAACAACUGUUCCUAAAUAAUAAUAGCCUAGUCGAAGUAACUUCGAAAGCUCUAGUCAACUUGCGGGAGUUGGAAAUCCUCGACUUAUCCGGAAAUAAACUAGAUUAUAUACCUAAGUCUAUCUUAGAUCAUUUUGAACAUCUUACGGAUCUUAAUCUUAGCUACAAUAACUUCCAAAACAUAUCAUACGAUGCUUUUAAGAAACUAUACAAAUUAAAUUGGCUCGACAUGGGCGGCAACAGGCUCAGGUCGCUGCCGGCCGGCCUCUUCCAGAAUAAUGAAAAUUUACAAACUUUCUACCUCGACAACACUCAGAUCACAGUUAUACAGAAUACGAAUUUUAAAGGUUUGAAUAAUUUACAGCGACUUUUUAUUAGAGACAAUCGUAAUUUAAGUGAAUUAGAAAGGUACGUUUUCGAAGAUACGCCGGCGAUAACACAUUUGGAUAUAAGCGGCAACGAUUUGACUUUUUUACCUUUAAGCUUAGAAAAACUAGAUAAAUUACAAGUUUUGAGAAUGAAUAAAAACCCGUGGGCUUGCGAUUGUCGAAUGGCGUGGUUCGCGGCUUGGGCUGAAAAGAGAAAGGAUAUAAUCAGAUCAGACCUGAGCUGUCGCCGAGCCUACCCUGGCGAUAUGCUGCGAGUCCUGAACGACACUAAUUGCAAGCCGCCGCAGCUUAUCUCGAGUAGCCCUCUGACGCUAUACCGGCUUCAGACCGAGGCGCGACUCGAGUGCAAGUUCGACGGCAACCCGGCGCCUUCCAUUACUUGGAUCACACCGACGAGAGACGUCUACCAUUGGAAUCCAAACCCGUUGGUUCCAGACCUAUUUCGAAAACAUGGUACCGCACACGAUCAAUACUAUCGCUGGAUAGACAACGAGAGAUCCCGUGUAAGAGUAUUAGAAGACGGUAGUCUAUUAAUCACCGACAUUCACAGAAAAGACACAGGAACUUAUCUUUGUUACGCGACAAACCCUACUGCCAAUGUAACAGCAGAGGUAAUUUUGAACAUCGACCCGAUGACAAUGUUUGAAAUAAAGAUCUACAGUCUGCUCUGUGGAGCGUUUUGUGCCGCGUUGUUCCUGGGAAUGACUUUAUUGAUUCAAGCUAUACGUUAUAUCUUCUACAGAUUCCGACUUCUGGAGACGUGCUGUAGUUGCUGUGCCUGCGUAAGCCGGGACGCGCCGCGCACGCGACAAAUAUACAGCAUGCUGGACAACAUAGAACAAUACAAGAGACAGCAAUUGGAGAAACUACGAGAGAACUACGCUGUUCAGGUUCAUCGGAUCAAGGAUAACUGCACGCAGCAAAUGGAAUGGAUACAGAAUAGUUACUCGACGCAGGCAACUCAUCUUCGCAACAUCAGAGAUAUUGGCACCAACCAUUUGACCGCUAUGAAGGACCAAUAUUAUGACCAGGUAAAACGGGUUCGAGAAUACUCCACAUCACAGUUGAACUGGGUCAGGGAGAACUACGUUUUCCAAAGGAACAAAAUACGUAAAUUCAGCGCUCAUCAGAUUCUUAGACUUCGCGAAUCAUACAAGUAUCAACAGCAGACACUAAAUAAAGUGUUGGAAAAUCUUCCGACGCUGUACUUUGAGAACUGCCGCAGCGGAUCAUGCGGACGCAGCGACUCCAUGGCUUUCGAUCCGGACGUGGAAGUCAUCGACAUGUACCUCAAGACUAAGAUAGAAAAGUUGUCGCACCUUCCCAACCCGAUCACCGACGACGAAAGCAAAAUGUCAGUCUAUUACACGCCGACGGAGAGAUCCGUGAACUCGAGGCGAAACUCGCCGCUGACUAUCCCCGAGGGCAUUCACAUUAACAUGAUAGAGCGCGGCCCUCCCAAACUGAUGGCGAAGAUAAGGCCUCUGCAGCCGGUGCCGCCGCCGAGCCUCGACUUUACAACUCCGCCAUCGACAUCGAAAGCGGGCUUGUCAGUGGGACAGGUGAAGUAUAAGUGCAACAGAGGCGAGUUGAAGCCGUUCAGCGAGCCGCUGCUGGGGCGGGAGCGCGGCAGGCGGCAGCUGGCGGUGAGCGCGAGUUCGCCGGAGCUGCGCAGCGAGGCGGAGAGCGCGGGCGAGCGGGGAGCGCGCGUGCUACUAGCGGUGGAGCUGGCCCAGCCCGAGUGCGAGCUGAAGCACGCGGCGGGCCAGCUGGUGUGCGGCGAGUGCGCGGCGCUGUGCGAGAACACGCCCUUGUAGUACAGGCUGCUCACGCGCGUGUUCAAGAUCUACGCGGUGUCGGGCGGCACGCUGGCCCUGUACCAGCCGGCCGUGCCGCUGACGGACUUGAGCGGCUCCACGCCCUCCUACGUAUGAUUAGAGGUGGAGUGUUCACGUGUCGGACGCCUGUAGUGGCUGUGAUAGACUGUGUGCGUUGUGCGGUGCGCGCCUCGUACCAUCUCCUAGUGGUAGGUUAAGGAUACUGAAUCUGCUGUCGAUGGUAGUGGAAAAAUUGAAAUGGUUUUCUAAUAAGUGUUCUUUCUAUGGGUAUGGAAUGUGUAAAUACGUAUUGUUUGUUUCGAUUUAUUUUCAUUUCCAUUUUGAUGUAUUUUUAAGGUAUGAAAAUCUUAGAGUAUUAUGCAUUUUAUAUUUGUUCCGACUUAAAACUUAGGUAAUGAAGGUGUAAGGAAAUUGUUACUAUCUUUGUUGUAACUGUUGCGACGUUAUUGUAAAUUGGUGUAUCGUAGAGCUGAAACGAUCUCUUCACACGAGCUGUAUUUCCUUUCACUGCAACCAACUAGAUUGUAUGUAUUAUUGAGUCUGAUUUAGUCAAUUUUUUUUAAUAAAAAAAAAUCAUGUUUGUUUUUUUAUAUAAAUUAUAAUUAGUUACUUUGCGUUUGCCGAUGCCUUAUCGAUCUGAAGUGUAACGAGUGCAACAGUGAUAUGCCAAAAUACUACAAUCCAGCAAUGAUUAUAUUAUAAACGUUUCUUAAUGUGAAAUAUACAAAUAUUGUUGAGAAUUUUCUAAAUAUUAUAAACAAGAGUAAAUAGUAAAUCAUGGA